AUGGCUCCGUCAAUCGACCAGCCAGCCGCGGCGCAAGACAUCUCCCGAGAUAAAAAGGAAACGGCCCUAGAGAAAAUCUCACAGGGCACCCCGCUGCCUGGAGUGCCGAAGUUUACCAAUGUGGAGCUCCAACGGCAGCACAUGCUGAACCAUAUGGCGGGAGCAUUCAGGGUCUUUGCGAGACAUGGCUUUGUUGAAGGAAUGAGUGGGCAUAUCUCACUAAGAGAUCCCGAGUUCCCUGAGAGAUUCUGGACAAACCCUCUCGGAUUUCAUUUCGCCCCCGUCAAACCAUCCGAUCUGAUACUUGUCGACGAGUCUGGCGUAGCUGUCGGGGGAAACAUGUCACGUCCAGCCAACGCAGCCGGAUUCCUCAUUCAUGCCGCACUUCACAAAGGCCAGGCCCGACGUAAAUGCUGCAUGUCAUUUCCAUUCUACCUAUGGCAAGGCGUGGUCCGCAUUCCGCCCAGCCCCUAG